ACAGCGCUGCCGCACCCGAUCUCCCAAGAAGGCACCACCACCACCCGCGCCGAUGGCCCGCACCAAGCAGACGGCGCGCAAGUCCACCGGCGGCAAGGCGCCGAGGAAGCAGCUGGCGACCAAGGCUGCGCGCAAGUCCGCCCCGGCCACCGGCGGCGUGAAGAAGCCGCACAGGUUCCGCCCUGGAACUGUCGCCCUCCGGGAGAUCCGCAAGUACCAGAAGAGCACGGAGCUGCUCAUCCGCAAGCUCCCCUUCCAGCGCCUCGUCCGGGAGAUCGCGCAGGACUUCAAGACCGACCUCCGCUUCCAGUCCUCCGCCGUCUCCGCGCUCCAGGAGGCCGCCGAGGCGUACCUCGUCGGGAUGUUCGAGGACACCAACCUCUGCGCCAUCCACGCCAAGCGCGUCACCAUCAUGCCCAAGGACAUCCAGCUCGCCCGCCGCAUCCGUGGGGAGCGCGCCUAGGUUUUGGGUGGCCGGUAAUACCGAGCAGUAGCUGUUCUUGUCCUGUGAUCCGGAUGUGUGCCGGAUGCUUCCGUUCGUUUGUGUUGAUAUGAUCUGUCGCUAUGUGUCGUGGUGCUUGAAUGAAAUGACAAUGGAAAAGUUCAGUUAUCAUCUGAUUCAGAUUUCAA